AUAUCAGUAGUAAAAUUUUUAUAUAUAAUAUCUAUAUUGGAAAAUUAUGGAAAUAAGAAUUCCAAAUUUUUAGCGUUUAUCAAAGGUGAAAAUUAAUCUAUUAUAUAUUUAAAAUAACUUUUUAUCGCAUAUUUUUCCUGAAUAAAGUUACAAGAUUGAAUUAAAAUUAGAAUUAAAAUCGAGGUAAAAAUGAGAGAGGAUUAAUUAAAUUACAAGUGUAUGAAAUAAUAUUGUAGUAUUAUUAUUACUUUUUUUUAAAGUUGCUGUAAUAUCUCAUCUGAUUUCCUAAAACUUUCUACUACAACGAAACUGAUAGUUUAAUCAAUUUUAAUAUCAAUUAUUGACCAAGAACGUGUGAAUUUACAGCACAGCAUAAAGUUAUAAAUCGUAACUAUACAUUUGAUAAAAUAAGAAGUGAGAUAUUGAUCAGCACAUAAAAUCAGGCUGCUUUGAAAUAGUAUUUCAAGUAAAAAAUAAAAAUACUUUCGAAAUAAGAAUUUCAAAUAUAUUCUCAGAACUAUUUCAAUAGUUCUUAUGCUUGAAAUAUACUCGGCUCCAGAAAAUAUUGAUUCAAGAGAAAUUGACCAUUCAUCGUUGACAUCUGAUACAGAUGAAAAUCCAGAGAAAAAAGAAUCUUUCGACCCAUGACAUCGUCCGUAUCCUCCUUUACCUUACCGUGAACCUUCAGAUAGCUGCUUCCAUUCGAGUCCUCGUAAUGGACCUUAUAUCGCAGAUCUUCCUACGUACACCUAGUUCAAUAUAUCCAACGCACGAGAUUGAAGCGCAGGGAUAUCGACAUAAAGGGUGGAAAAGAGAUAGGAACAGGGAGGGGCCCGUAUAUCACGCGAAGAUGGAAGUUCGCGAUAAAAUUGACCAUUUGUUUCUGAAAGGGAGGUGAAAAAAAAAAGGAAGGGAUCCUGGCGUGAAAAUUCCAUCGAUCCGUCGAACGACAUCUCGAUGAACGACCCCUGCGAAAUUCUCUGUAAUGGACAAAGAAAAAUUCCAAUUGCUUUUUUCUUUCAAUGGCCCUUUAUUUUGGAUUCUUCACACGUCACCAUUUCGCUUUGCUUUUAGGAAUUGUAUUGAACACGAACGCGAUAGGGGGUUGAAAUGCAAAACUCCAUUAUGAAAAUAUUCCUUUUUACGGUGACAUGAUUUAUUAGGUGACGUUAUUUGAAAUAGAUAUUAUUUCUACAAAAAAGAUUAUAUUAAAUUUGUUAAAUUUCUGUAGCUUCUUGAUGGGUAUCACGAAAUUACAUGAGGAAAUAAAAGUUCGUUUCCAUCGAGUACCUACGGGUAGGAAAGUUAACUUGGAUCCUUGGAUAUCCACCAUUUGUCUCUGUUCUUGGCACACACACACACACACACACACACACAGUGAGAAGAGCCAUUACUCGAAACCGUUGGUAAUUUUCGCUAACGAAAAUACGUCUGGCUGUUGCACGGUAAUAAAAAGCAAAUUGAUCUUCGCCAGGGAGUCGAUGUUAUCCGGAUAGGAAUACAAAGCUAUUUAAAUACAGUGCACCGGUUUCAAGAGGUUCGAUAUCGAAAAGAAACUAUUCUCCUUCGAGGAUCCGUUUGAACCGUGAAUAAAGUUGUCGUGGAUGGUUUCAUGGGAGUUCUAUCUUCCCGAGCUUAGCUGAUUUGUAUGGGGGAUGAUAGACGUGAAACCGUCUAUCCUUGACUCUCUGACCUUCUCUGAAUCUGGAAGAUAAAUGGCCGAUGGAGAGACAGGAAGAUAAAGUAGAGGUUUGUUUCACUAAUGGAGUUCAUUGUAUUAGAUGGUGUAUACAGGGUUUAUCAGGAUAGGUAUUUUGUUAUUGUAUCGAGUGCUUUUCCCAUGAUUUCAUGACAUAAAAGUAACGUAAACUAGCACUUCUGGUAUAUCAAAUUAAAGGUUCAAAUUUAACGAAAGUGACUGUACAAAGCUUUCGUUGAUAUUCUUAACACAGAGUGAUUAGUCCUGGAUCGCAACGAACAUUAUUGCACUGUGUCGAAUAUCUAAAUUUGAAGUAUAAACAGUCUGACAUGAUUUCAUGACGUAACGGUAUCACCUAUUAAUUGCAAGAAACUGAAAAGGGAACAAACGGAACAGAAACAGUCGUUUGCUCGUUGUAAAUGAAGAGAUACGCUAUAAAUAAUUCGCUUUACAGAACAGUGAGUCGUGUAUCCUCGAUGGGCAGCUUUCACCGGUUCGCCCUGUUAUUCCUGGCAAUAAAUACCUUUCUGCCUGGACAGAAGUUGAAUUUCGAUCACAGAGCACUCGAUAGCAGCCGGAUGGUACGAAAGAAAGUGGAAAAAACUGAAAAUACGAGUAUUCGCUCCGACUUUCCUCUGAAUCCGUUCCAUGCUCUUGAACGUCAUCAUCGUAAAAUUUCUUUCACGAUCGUGGUAAAUCAUCUUCGAUCCGAUUCCAUUCCGUGAAUUUUUUGAAAGAAAAGAAAAGAUAGAAAUCUUAGAAUUCACGAAUUAGACUGCUUCGUCAAACUUAGAAAUUAAUUUAAAAAUAAAAGACAGUGAUGCACGAAUUAUCAUGCAAUUUGCAUACUCGAAUAAAUAUUCUUGGCGUAUUCAAAGGAGCUGAUGAUCGUCGAAUGCAAAUAUAAAACAGACGCUAAUUCAACAACUUAGCUGAUCCGUCAGCUAAUCAAAGCGAGCCACCGAGCUUGAUCUUAGCUAAUCUUUACAGAAGGGACCAGCUUUGAUCCGCUCGUGAAUUACGUUUACUCAAGCUGCAAUCCGAACGCAGACUCGUAUCCUUUUCGAAGAAUUCAGCUGGGAAAGUUUAUGACUGUCAUACCGUAUUAUAAAUUCAACACGGCGACACUAGUUUCACGAUGCAAGCUUCGAUUCCUUCGUGAAAUUCACCAGGAACCGUACACUUUCCUACUAACGCGGUUUCCGCUAUGAUCACUUUCGAUUAAACUCACUUAGAAACUUUCCGCAGCUUGAUUUAAUCUUUCUCGAGAUUUUCAAAGCUUUUUACUGCGCCAAGAAAUUUCUUCAGAUAUUAAUUCUUGUUCCGCUAACAGGGUUGGAGUCGUCGAAAGAAAUGAAUUAGAAAUGGUAACAAUUAAUUGUAAUAUUAUACGAAUUCACCAAUCAGGGUAUUUUUACGCAAUUUUUCUUCCUAAAGAAAAUUUUAUUCGAAUAAUCCUCGGGUUCAGCUACAUUCAAAUUAGAAUUUUAUUCCUAAAUUUUUCCAAAAUCAUGGCUCUUUUAUCUUUUAUUUAAAGGGUCGAUUAAAAUGUAACACCCGAGAGACUCGUUUGAGGGAAGCAAAGUCCGAAGGGAGAGGUGGUUUUAUAGAAAACAAGGUCGUCCAUCGUGUGUAUCCGUGCGGUGCCAGGUCGAGUUAGCAGUACAGUACCAUUUGAUUUAACCAUGGAAUGUGGAGAUGGUACACCAGUGUCUAAGACUACAGAAGGUGGUAUCAAGUGGUUAGUAUUACCAUGGCAACCUUUAGUCACUUCAGACAGAGGUGUCUUAGCAGCAGUUGAAGAAGCCUUAAAUAACAGUUUAGAUACGAAUCUUAUAUUACAUACCUGUCAAUUUAUUACAAAUGUAAUGAUGCAAGAUUUUCCAGCAGAAGUGUUCCUUCAGAGACCAGCAAUAAUACUUAUAUUGCACAGUCUCUUAGAAUCUAGUACAGAUGCUUCAAAUGUUAAUCUCAGAAUUGUUACACCAAUGGUGUUAAAGACCCUGCAUAAACUAACAAGAUCUUUGAGAUUGAGAAUUUACUAUUACUGUGAACCAUGUAUUGCAAAUAAAAAACAAAAGUUGCUAGCAGGGAAAUUAGGCAAUAGUGCUUACCCUUCUUCAGAAACUAGAGACAGUCCUGAUGGAGGAUUUCCAGAAGCAAAUUACCAAGCAUAUCAAUCUACGGGUACAAGUGAAAGAAGUCAAAGUGUGUCAGAAAACAUUGAUGAUUCGAUUUUACAAUUGCAACAAAUGUUUAUACCAACAUUUUGUAUUGAAUCUUUAAAACAUGUUAUUUCACAACUAAGUAUUCCUAUUAACACGACACUUCCGCUAAGAAAUAUUAAAUACGUGAUCGAUCUGACAUAUGAGCUGGUACAAUUACUUAUUAUCAGUGUCAUGCCAAACAUUUGGCUUUGUAAUGAUGACAUGGCUUUAAAAAUAACUGAAGAUAUGAAAGCAUUAUUUGGCAUCUUGGGAGAUGUGAUAGAAUAUUUUGGAAACUAUAGCACCAUUGAUCAUUUUAGAAUAACAUAUCUACAUCUCGUAACCGUUGCAAUGAAGCUGUUAAGUAACAUUGUCCCUUUGGAAAUAGCAGAUGCUAUAUUUCCUAAAUCUCUUAAGACAUCUAUGUGUGUAGCUAUAAUGGAUGCUCCUAUUUAUUUAUUAUAUCCAAGAUUACAUUCUAUAUUACAAGAAUAUUGCCGCCAAUUCCAAGGCAUCGAUGAAGUUGCAUAUAUUAAACUCUUCGACGAUACGAGAGUGGUAGCGAAAUCAAUGCAAGCAGCUAUAUCCAUAAUAAAGAAUAUGUCUAGUUUAUCUCAUUCGGAAGUGUUGCAAACGUUAUACGCUUCGAAAUUAAGUUUAUCUUAUCACAAAAAUUUUAGUAUUAUAAAAAAGACUAUCAGAUUUUUACAAAAUAUAUAUAGGUAUUCUCUAAAUAACGAAGACCGUGCGUUAGCUACAAAAUUAAUAUUGAGCUUAUUGGCGAACGCAGAUUCAGACAUACAGUAUGCAACGUAUUUUGAGUGCCAUACUUUAGUUAAAAGUAUUCUCGGAGUAGAGUACAAUAGAGAGAGAUUGUCUUGUGAAAGCUUAACAUUUUUGUUUGAAUCAUCUGUUUUAACUGAAAUAAUCUCUCAUGGUGUAACAAAUGAAGACCAGAGGAUACAGGAAAUGGCAGAAGAAAUAUUAGUUUAUAUACUGAAAGGAAGAGUGCAAAUGGGAGAAGAUGGAUGGCUAAAGUCAUUAGAAGCUCUCGCACCAGUACUACCCCUUUUACAGUGUCAUACUAAUUCAACUACAACUUUAGGUCAAUGCAUAACAAAAAUUUUUGAUCCCGAUGUUUCUUCUAGCAUACAGUUACCCUAUAUUGAGGUCUUAAAAGGUAAUUUAAGAUUUCUAUUUUCACCGGAUAACGAUAUUAGAGAGGAAGCAGUUUGUCGGCUGAUUUGGCUUCUUGGAAAAGAGAAAGAUUCGAUUCAGAAAUUACCAAGAUUAUCUUCUUUACACGGUUUACCUCUUAGUUCGCUUUGUAUAUCUGAACGACAAAGUGUUCUUAAAAAAUCUGAAGGCAAUUAUCAGAGAAGUAACUUAUUAUCUGUACUUGAAAUGUUAAAUGAACCAAAUGUCGAUCCGAAGAUACGAAAAUCGGCAUUAGUUCAAAUCAGUGUUAUGCUAUCAGAUUCUUCUUUGCAUAAAUUGUUUAUCACUGAAAAUGGAUUAUCUUUAAUAUUAAACGUGUUUGAUAGUGCUUUGAUCGAAAAGGAUUAUAUCAAUUACCCGGAUUCUGUAAUUCCCAUAAUUACUAUAUUGAAACUAUUAGCCUCUACUGAAUCCUCUAUACGGCAAGAUCUAUCUACUCGUAUAAAUGUUUUCUCAAAUAUAAUAAGAAGUUUAUUUUUAUUUCCUAACAACGAAUCUGUUAAGACUGAUGGUUCGCAACUUCUUUGUUUAUUGCUUUAUAAUGAAUAUAUCAUGCGACUAAGUGAAAAAUAUGCAGAGAACUAUAAUCACUUAAAUAUUUCUUUGCCGUACCUUAUUGUAUCCAAAAUGAAAUUACCAUUUCUUUGUAAAUUUCAUUGGAAAAUAAGUAUGCACAGGCGCUCGGAUAUAUCUGUUCUUCAUGGUUCCAAUCCACUAGCAUUGACAUUUAUUAAAGAGUAUUGGCUAUGGGAAUGGAAUGAUGGUUUAAAUGUACUUUGGAAAAAUUGGGAUGACCUUAUUGAUUCUGAUAUAUCGGAAAAAUUGAAAAUUCAAGAAAGUGAAUUCUUAAUUUUACGUUUUAGUUAUCCUUUUUAUUACUGUCAGCAACAAUUAUACAACAUACAAAAUUCAACUACCCAUGAAUCAGUUCUAUGUGCGCUUGAUUAUCUUACAAUGUAUUUAAAAUUAUACAAAAUGCAUCAAUAUGAAAAUCUGAAGGAUAUAAGCUUGUUACCUUGGGAACAAACGUUUGAGCGAUUUUUAAUUUCACAGCCGGCAAGUAAAGAAGACUGUGAUUUAUUUGUUGAAGUUUUAAAUUUUCUACAAAUCUACGUCAACAUCACCAAGAACGGAAAGUGUAAGUGGACUAACAAAAUAAUGAGGAAUAUAACUAAAACAUUAGCAGAAUUAUUUAAAAAUUCGGAAUUAGAUAAUCAAGACAUACAUCAGUCUAUAUUAAAAUUAGCUCGAACCUGUUCAGCGGUUGAAAAAGGUGAACAGUCUGAUGAUGAGAAUGAAAAUGUUCGGCUUCAUUUUAUUGAACUUAUUGUCUCUACUUUAUGUUUCGGAGACCAACAGCAUUUUUACAAUUUAGCUUACCUCGAUUGGUUGUUAACAUGCUUAACAUAUUUAAUUGGAAAAUGCCACUGGGCUAAUUAUAAAACUUUAUUAAUAACAUUAGGUAACACAUUAAUAGAACUGAUUAUAUCUUUUCAUGGUGCUGGAACUGUUAGUUUCAUGGGUUUAUCUAUAACUAGAAAUUCUAUAAUAUGCCUUAACCAUUUAUUAUAUCAGAUGCAAAUGAAUUUUAAUAAGAAUGCUUUUGUUGUAUUUUGGUACGAAGAAGGUCGUACCUUAAGUUGGUUGCCCAUGUUAUGGCAAAAUCGAGAUCCUUUAGUUCGUGCAUCCGCUUUACAAUUGUUAGCUGGUUUAAUAAAUAAUUUACAUACAGCUGCUCAGCUUUUGAACACUAUUGCGCUGGCGCCAAGCGAAUUAUGUCAAACAUUACUUCAAUAUAUUGCUAGUAGGGAAGAAUCAUGUAUAGUUAGAGAACAAGCUUGUUUUGCAUUCAGCAAUUUAGUGAAAAAUUGCAAUUCCGUAACUUUUCAAUAUGUGAACUCUUUGCAAGCAAAUGCUAUUUUAAUUUAUAUGGAACAAAGUAACACUUACUAUGAGAUCACCGUGUUGUGUUCUAAUAUUUUUAUGUUUACUACUUUGGACUAUGACCAUACGGAUAGUCGGGAACAGGAAAAUGGAAAAGCCCCAUCUAUUCAUAGUUUACAGUCUGGUAGUACAUCUUUAGUACCGCGUACAAUUUCAUACCUGUAUAAUUGCCAGGAUGAAUUACAACCCUUUUCAGCAAGGGCAUCAGAAAUCACAGACCUUGAUAACUGUCUGCAAGUGGUAGCAACACCAUCACUGAUAACAGCUAUUUGUAGAUUGUUAAAUAAUUUGAUUUUUGUAGGAAAACAAGAAGUAGUUCAUCAAAUUUAUGAACAUUCUAUAGAUAAAUAUUUAUUUGGAUGUAUCAAUGAAAUUCCUAAAAAUGUCGAGAGUAAAAAGAACGUGACUCAUUAUUGCGACAUUUUGGAAAUGUAUAUUAGUGUUUUCACGGUUUUAACAAAUUGUAUCAUACAUAGUAACGAAUAUACUGUUGUUGUUAAUUUUUCUCCUGAGUCGUUGUACACCGUGUUCUCCUUUUUGAAUACGGAUCUAUAUCUUUCUGAUACAGCACAAUUGGUCUCUUUACGAGACCGACUAUGGACUGAGAUUUUCAAUUUUAUAGCUAUAUUAUCGCUAACAGAAAUUCAGCACUUUGAAUCGAUACAAACAGCUUUAGAAUUAUGCACUCCGGAAGUUGUACUUUCAUCUAUUUGUCUGGCAAUGAGAGGUUCCAAUGCAGAACUUCGCAUAAGCGCUAUUGGAUGUCUUGCGUUUCUUCUGUCGCUAGAAAUUCAGAAAGAUUCUUUAGGGAAAAGUAAUAUUUCAUUGCAAACGGUCAUAGAUACUACUUUCACAUCUUCAUCGAAUGACUAUAGAAAUAGUUUAAGAGAAAUUAUAUCAGAUAUUAAUAAACUGUCGUUGAGAAGUGCAAGUGUGCAUUCAAGAAAACCAAAUGAGAACAAUAAUAUUUUGAUAAGUUAUGAUAAAGUAGUAGAGGGUGAAAUCGAGAGAAAUGAAAUCGCAAUAGGAGAAGAAUUCUGCGGUAUCUUAUUGCAUUUAUUUAUUGCGCAUAACUACAACAGAUCCAAGAAAAACCGGAAAUUAAAUGAAGACAAAGAUUUAAUUACAAGUGCACUUACUAAUUUACUGUGUAUAUCAAACACGGCUAAGGGAAUCGCUUUGGAGGAAAAUUUACCUGAAACAGCUUUAAUGAUAUUAAAAGAAUUCUAUGUUAGAUUAAAUAUGCAUCCUUUUGAACUGUUUAAGAAUCAAAUGGACCGCGACAAAAAGAUUCAUCCGCUGUUACAUGAUGUAAAUGGUAUCUUCACGUUGUUAAUGAAUUUUAUGUACGGUAGCGUUGAAGUUAAAGAAGUUUUAUCGAAAGCUGGAUUAGCGGAUGUGAUGCAUAAAUUGUGGGCUUGGAUUGCGUUAAGCAAAAUUGUCUCUACCACUGCUUUAAAGUUGCUUGCAACUUAUACUACGAAAUGUUCUAUAGCGGCACAGUCGUUAACAUUAACAACCACCCUACCAGGAACGGGACUCAGAAGAACUCCAAAUACUCUCGCUUUAAUACAUGUCAUUAUACAAUUAGUCUGUAAGGAGAUAGAUAAAGCUGGACAAAUGUUUGACAAUCACAAGUUACAUUUUGCGUUUCACAUUUUGCGAAAUGCUGUGCAUGUUCACGAAUGUAGAGUUUCAAUUUCGAAGAGCAAUCUCCUCCAAUUUUUUACAAAAAUACAUCCGGUCACUACAAAGAGAACAAAACCAUGGCCAUUAGUUGAAUUAUACUGUUUAGAAUUUUUAAUUGAUUUCACAUAUUAUCAAGAGGGUCAAUUAUGCGUACCUAAGACUGUUGACGGUCUGGAUGUUUUAUUACAACUAGCAAAAUGUUCAUCACCGUCCAGCAGAAUUCUUGCAAUUUCUAUAUUGCGUAACUUGGCAUUCAAUAUGGCCAAUCGACCACGAUUACUUAGUUCAGUGGACUUCAUCAACGUUGUACAUGAUAUAUUUAAGAAUGGAUCUAUGAGCGAAAUUAAGAUUGCAGGUUCUAUGUUGUGGUCUUUAAUAGCGAAUAAUCAGAAAGGAAAGUUAAUUGCAAGAAGCGCUGGUUUUUCACAGAGUAUUCAAGAAGCUUUAGGCAGGCUCACGUUAUUAACUGUGGAUGACAGAAAAGAGGAACAAGAAUUAGUUAAAAUGUUGCAAUAUGUAUUAAGAAUUCUCAGUCCAGUAGAUAUGAAAAAUGAUUAAGUAAAUCAGACGAAUCAAGUAAAAUAAUAUAAUUGUACAUACAAAUAGAUUUUAGUAGUUUAAUACAUCAACAUUAAGAUUUGUAAUAUUUUUUUUUAUACUAAAUGAAAUAUUAUACGAAAUGUAAAUGAGAUAAUGGUCUCACAAAUAUACAUAUAUAUUUUUAUAAAUAUCGAAUAAGAUAUUUUUAAAAAUAUUUUAUAAUAAAAGUCGUUUAAUAUAUUGUAAUUAAAAAUAGUAUUUAUUACGUUUAGUUUUGAUUGAAUGCUGACUGAGUUCAAUUAAAUGUAAUUUUGUACUAUAAAUUUUUAGCAAUAUCUUAGAUUUCUUAGGAUUGUGUAAAAUUACCAUCACAGAAAUCGAUUAUGAAUACAAGAAUAAUAUAAAAAUGUCUUAAUAGCUAAAUGAAUAAUCAAUUAUGCGUUGCUAGGAAUUUGUCAAGCAAUUACAUCAAUCUUCUUAAAAUACAAGCUAUACACUGAAAUUUAAUAAAACAUCAGUAAUGAAGGAAAAAAUACCUCAUUGCGAAUAAGUUUUCCUGUUACAGAAGAACAACAG